UUGCCGUUGUGAGGAUUCAUGUAGGUGUGCGUGAGUCUACGGCAUUUCUGUAGGCAGCUUUUGUCUCGGAAUGUUUUAAUGUUACGUGUACUUGCCCCGUUAAUGGCGUAUAUGAUGCUCCAGUGCUAUGCUACUAUGCUAAUGUAGAGCAUAGCUCAGUCCGUCGCGGAAGCUCCAGUUCAGUCUCGGUCAUUUUAUCACAAACCAAUUGUGGGGUGGAAUGGUUCCAGUUCCGGCCUCAAUCCAGGAACGGCUGCAGAAUUUAACAGACUAUGUGAAGCCUAUUGUUGCCGGCUACCUGGACCUGGACUACGCCUGGUGGCAGGUGUGGCUGCUCUGGCCGGUCAUCGCGCUGCUCGUGCUGCCCAUCUCGCUGCUGAUCGCCCUCUUCCUCUCCGCCUUCUUCGUCGAAUGUUACCGGCACUGGCACGGCCUGAGGGCGGCGUACGAGCUGAGCAUCUGGGACGGCGCGCGCUACACCGUCGCCGUCUGCUGGAAGGUGCACGGCAAACUAUGGCACGGUUACGAGGUCAGCGGACUGGAGCACAUCCCCAGCGGGCCGGCGCUCAUCGUCUUCUACCACGGCGCCAUUCCGAUCGACCACUACUACCUGCUGUCGGAGGUCAUCACAGGCACGGGCCGGCUCAUCAAGACGGUGGGCGACAAGUUCCUGUACAGGAUACCGGGCUGGAAGCAGCUGAUGCACGUCUUCUGCGUGAUCCCGGGCGGCCAGCAGAACUGCGUGACGGCGCUGCAGGAGGGCCACCUGCUGGCCAUCUCGCCAGGCGGCGUUCGCGAGGCCUUCUUCGGCCAGGGGUACCGGCUGGUCUGGAAGGACCGCGUCGGCUUUGCCAAGGUCGCCAUCGAAACUAAAGUGCCAAUCAUCCCCAUGUUCACGAUGAACGUGCGCGAGUCGUACCGCGCGUUCGUGCUGGGCCGCCGCUUCUGGACGUGGCUGUACGAACGCACGCGGCUGCCGCUGGUGCCCAUCUACGGCGGAUUCCCGGUGAAGCUGCGCACCUACCUCGGCCGGCCAAUCCCCUACGAGGAGGGCGUCACGCCCGAGCAGCUGGCGCAGAAGGUGGCCCUGGAAAUCAACCGACUGAUCGAGGAGCACCAGAAGCUGCCUGGCAACAUCCUGCGUGGCAUCAUGGAGCGCUUCGUCGAGUGGCCCAAGGCCAAGGCCUCGUAGCGGCUGCCGCGCCGCCGCCACGCCCUCUCGGCGGGCCGGUGCUGCAGUUUUGCCCCGCCCGUCAGCGUCUUGAGCAAAGGAGACCGCGAGGAUGGGCAGUCGUACGCUUGAGGUGGCUGCGUCGUUUUGAGUGUUAGUUUUGUCUGAGGCGGAGCAGUGUUGGGUAUGUGUGAGCGGCGCUACUGCAACCGCGUGCAGCGUAUGCGGCAGGUAUAUGCAUGGUGCGCAGCUGUGACGUUCAUGUUUGGACGCGUUUGGCAGUGUUUUAGCCGGCGGGCCAUGCAGUGUUAGGAAUGUCGCUUGCCUUAAGAUUACACGACAACGGCACGUGCGCUGUACAAUCUGUGAGAUGGUGUCAUUCCUUUGACGGUCAGGUCAGCCAGACACUCCUCGCUCCCAGCAUUUUGUCAACCGACGAGCUUUACGGAACCCCGCGCUGGCUCCCACCAGACCAAAGCCGUUUCUGGUCUCGACGCCAGCUGGCUGCGGUCACCAUGUAUGACCGCGUGGCCCCAUGGUAUGUAUGCGUCAUGCGUUAGUUUGCGCCCUCACUCCGCGGCGUCCGGCCAACAGGAAUGUUCUUCGCUAUCUUCGGACAGUGCGAGGUUGUUUUUGAUUCGUGCACCCGUACCCAUCAUUAUUCGGUAGGCCCGCACUUUGGUGCUGUAACGUGGCCCGUUGGAUGAUACCGUCAUGAUGAUAAACCAUCGCGUCAGAUGGUAACGGCAUUCGCCGGAUUAUAGUUUUCCAUCGGAUGAUAAUAUCAUCCACCUUGUGAUACUCUACCGACGCCGAUCGCUUUGCAACACCUCGAAAUGCGGGGGCAUUUGAAACUAGGAUGCGUGGAAGCGGACGCCCCGUACCUAUGUUGGUAUUUGCAUCGCACAGCAAUGUAAUUCCCGAUAGUGUAGUUCCGAGUAAUUUCGAGAGCAGAUCUCAUGUGAGACAGCCCACGUGCAUUUGUACGCCAUUUUAGAUGUGCGAUGUGUCGGCGGAUUGGGUUGGGUCCAGAGUGUCCCCUAGGAUUGCUUAAUCGGUCAGGGAAUUUCGGUGAAGUUAUUUUUACAUUUAUAUCGUUCGUAAGGCGCGGCCAGCCAGCUGGGUGGCACCGUUGGAGUAUGUAGUCCCUGUUACGCUGCGCCCCAUGUACCUGGUGCGGAUCGACGGUAGACCCAGUCAUCGUGUUCACAUACCGCGCGUCACCGCGAUGACGCCUCUCGCGCCGCGCCUGUGCCGCCUGUGUGUUCCGGUCGUGUGACGUCACGGACACCUCGCCCGUCACGUCCGCAGACUUUUGUGUGGUUCACAGGCGCGUUAAAGUGACGUUCAGCACGGCGCCGACAGCUCAAAUAUACCGAUUCCCGACAUGA